UAGUUAUGUCAAGACAGCGGGUCGCGUACUAGUUUCCUUAGUACUUGUGCGUCCGUGUCAAUACCAUGUGCUGUAAACUUCUGAACGAAGUGAGAUACUCAUUCAAUUUUGCUCGCCUCUCCAUUAUCUCGUGGUGACGUAAAGAUGACGGCCAGUGUGUUAGUUUCCCCGGUAAUUGUGCCUCCGUAACAUUACUGUGUGCUGUGGUCGUGAGAACUGCGAGGCGGAGGUGUAGACUGUGCCGUGGAGAGCCGCGGGGUGUUGGAAUCGCCUUGAAGGCGUCAUAUUCCCUCCCUGCUCUUCCCCGUGUCUUCCUGUCGAUGUUGACUCAAAACAGACCACCACCACCACCACCACCACUACCUAACGCUGUGUCCAGGCUGGAAUGUGUGACCUCUCUGCCAGGAAUGUCACCGUCCUCUCACACUCUGACACCAAGUACCUCACAACAACACCUGCAAUACUACACCUCUGAGCCCCCCCCGGAGUGUGGCUACUGCGAGGCGCUGCUGGCCUUCACACUCCAUCCCCUGCGCCCUCCUGUCAUUACAUCGCCUUUCCAGCGAAGGCAUUAUUGCGAUGGUUAUGCGGCUUUUGAGGAGAGUAGCAGCCGCCCAUCGCUGGGAAGGACGCGCCUCACCCUGGCGGCCCUGCUUGGUCCCUUCCACGACUCGCAGCGAGAGAGAGAGGUCGAGGUGCGGUGGUCUCGUGGCGGAAGGCUGAAGGAGGCAGUGAAGGAGUGAAGGUGUGAAGUGUGCAGCUUCCACUUCAUCAUCCCAUGAACAGCCCACAGGAAUCUCUACCAGCACCUGGUUAUUAAACAGUGUUGUCACGCCAGGCCCAAUGUACUCCAUUGCAAUCAGGGAGUCAAGCUUCACCAGGAAAAGAGGCAGAGCGUCACCACCUUCAAGCCCCACAAGAGGUAUUAAGUAUCGUUGGGACAAAGCAAUCAGGGAAGAGUCAAGUUGCAGUAAGAAGAGUGUGUCAAGAAUUUCAAGCAGGAAGAACACGUAAAAUUCCCUUCAAGUCAUGGCGGGACCGACAGGCAACCUUCAACACUUGUGGAGGCACGAGAGCUGCAGGCAGUUUCACAAAGAAGAGGUUGCUCCUCACUCAAGUUGACGCAAGGACAUAAGAAUUGGCAAGUGUUGUUGCUCCCAGGCCCUGCUGCAAGAGUUCUCCAGUCCACUCCAGUCUGGGAAGGAAGAAUGUAGCAAGUCCCUCUCUUCUGUACUCAACAACCACCACCACCACCUUCAUUCAGGCUUGGGAUAAGUUUUGUACAUUCCAGCACUUCAGUAAUAAGGAAAAAAAGUGCCAUGUUUAUAUUAUUGUUGUGUAUUUAUUCACUUAACAUUCACAUUAAAACAAUAAACAUUCAGUAUACCAUCUUGAACAUAA